GUCACAUCUGUGUUUAACAUGGAGGCUGUCUUAGCCGAUUGAAAGAAAAAUGCCGCUCGAAUGAGGCAAAUAACUUGCACUUAUUCUGAAAAGACGCCAAUUUAGUCAGUAUGACGAACAGGACUUCUUAUUUUUAUGACCCCGACGUGGGGAACUUUCAUUACGGUGCUGGUCAUCCCAUGAAGCCUCACAGACUGUCCCUGACUCACAGUCUGGUGUUGCAUUAUGGACUCUACAAGAAAAUGAUGGUGUUUAAGCCAUACAAAGCCUCGCAGCAUGACAUGUGUCGCUUCCACUCGGAGGACUACAUAGACUUUUUGCAGAAAGUCAGCCCCAACAACAUGCAAGGUUUCACUAAAAGCCUUAACACAUUUAACGUUGGGGAUGAUUGUCCAGUAUUUCCAGGACUGUUUGAGUUCUGCUCCAGAUACACUGGAGCCUCAUUGCAGGGAGCUACGCAACUUAACCACAAGAUCUGUGACAUUGCCAUCAACUGGGCUGGAGGAUUGCAUCAUGCCAAAAAGUUUGAGGCUUCUGGCUUCUGCUACGUCAAUGACAUUGUCAUCAGCAUUCUGGAGCUCCUGAAAUACCACCCCAGGGUUCUGUACAUUGACAUCGACAUCCACCAUGGCGACGGGGUCCAGGAAGCAUUCUACCUGACUGACCGUGUCAUGACUGUGUCUUUUCACAAAUAUGGGAACUACUUUUUCCCAGGCACAGGGGACAUGUACGAGGUUGGAGCAGAGAGUGGACGUUACUACUGCCUCAAUGUUCCUCUGAGGGAUGGGAUCGAUGACCAGAGCUACAGACAACUGUUCCAGCCAGUCAUCAAGCAGGUUGUGGACUUUUACCAGCCCACCUGUAUUGUGCUGCAGUGUGGAGCAGACUCUCUGGGCUGUGACCGUCUGGGAUGUUUUAACCUCAGCAUACGAGGACACGGCGAGUGUGUGGAGUUUGUCAAGAGCUUUAAGAUUCCUCUCUUGGUCCUUGGAGGUGGAGGAUACACUGUGAGGAACGUGGCUCGCUGCUGGACCUUCGAGACGUCCCUGCUGCUGGACGAGUCCAUCAGUGAUGAGCUCCCAUACAGUGAAUAUUUUGAGUACUUCGCCCCAGAUUUCACUCUGCACCCGGAUGUCAGCACCAGGAUAGAGAACCAGAACUCCCGUCAGUACCUGGAGCAGAUCCGUCAGACAGUGUUCGAGAACUUGAAGAUGCUCAACCACGCUCCCAGCGUCCAGAUCCAUGACGUUCCCUCAGACAUGCUGAACUACGAGCGCACGGAUGAACCAGACCCAGAAGAGAGGGGUGGCGAGGAAAACUACACCAGACCUGAGGCUGCCAACGAGUUCUACGACGGUGACCAUGACAACGACAAAGAGAGCGAUGUGGAGAUUUGAGCCAUGCAUAUACAUAUGAAGGACACUGAAUGGGUUCAGGCCGGAGAUCUGCCCGGAGUUGGUUCCUCAUCACUGUUGUGGUUCUGUCGUGGGCUGUGAGUGUGUGACCUCUUAACAGAACGUCAGCUUGUUAUGAAAAUGUUCCUGCCCUUUGGAUAAAGUGUGUUGUUUUGUAGCCACAUUUGUACCGUUUGCUGUUUUGUUUUUAUAGUAUGUCGACAACUUUAUAAUAAAACAAUUGUAUACCGCAUUGUUUGCUGCUCACCAC